UCCGCGCGGCCGGGUAGGUAUUUGGACAUUCGGAGUGCGUGAACGGUUUCCUGCGUUUCAGUUAUUGUAAUUAAUUCAAAUACUCUUACAACAUUGAUAAUAAUUAUGUGUAAAACAUUAUCAGCGGUCUUUACCAUUUUACGUUGAGUACGCAGCAAUGAAGUGUGUGUAGCUAUUGUUGAGGUUAUGUCGCUUUGUUGACAUUGAAGAAGUUGCCCGGUUGCUAAAGUUCAAUAGCUACAUACUUAAUAGGUCAAAACAAACGCAUAGUGUAGGUGAUGUUUGAUUAUUAAAAAUCCGGAGUUACCAGGGUCGUUAGAAUCAACAGCUGGACUGCAAUCCCCCUAAAACAGGAUUUACCAGGUGUUGAAGACCUUUAAGAUUUUAACUGUCAUACAUGUAGCGCGUCAUGUAUAUAUAACGAAAAACGUCACGGUGCUGCUUGCGAAAGCAUAAGUUAUAAACUAAAUAAAGCGUUUCGUUUCGUUUCUUUUCGACCUGUGUUACACACUAUUGAUUGUCUUUUCUUUUUCGUCAACUUCUUUUUUUUACACGUCAUUCAGUCCGUUAAAAGCGCCUUAGUGCGACUUUUGUUUAAGAACGUAUUAGGGUAUAUCCCUAACCCCUUCUACUUAUUGUCUUUUAAGAGAAAAACAACAUAACAUGGAUUUUGAAGAUCAUAUUGAUAAUAUCACCACACUGAAUCCUAAUCAUCAAGUGAUUAAGUGUCGAUGGGUUAAAAAAUUACGCCCCAAACAAAACGGUAGACCACAAGUGAGGGAAAAAGGCAUGAGACCUUUUGAUUCAAUGUAUGAUGCAAUAACUCGAGCAGAACCACAGGAGAGUCCCCCCGAACACAAUAAUGGAAAUAAAAAAAAGAAUAAGAAGUACAAGAAAUAUUUCUUCAAACCAAAUACAGGAAAGACGUUGUGGAAGAUGAAUGGAAAUAAUCAAUGUAAUGAAGCUAUUGAAGAAAGAUUCAAAAAAAGGCAAUCGUCGGAUAAUGAUAAGAACAGUUUUACAGAUGAGUCUAUAGUGUCUAGCCAAAAUGACUCCUUCAAAACAGCAUUAGAAUAUUCUUAUGAAACACCAUCAGAUUACUCAACAGCUGAAAGUUCUAUUCAUUGUGAUAAAAGCUUUUCUGAUGUGGAUGAUGAUGAUUUUGUAUUUCAGUUACCUGCAGCAAUCGCUUCUUGUCACCUUGGCAGUAAAACCAGAAGAGUUAAAAACCUACGUCGUUUUUGAUAAUUAUUAUGUAAGCAUGAGAACGUGAGUUGUUUCAUAACACGAUUUUAGCAUUUUAAAUUUACGUUAAAAUAGUUUAUAUUGAAUGUGUAACAUUGCUUUGAACAGUUAAAAAGUUUUUAUUCCGUUUCAUUAAAAGUUGUAACAUAAGUUUUGAGUCUUCUGCAAAAUGUUGCAAAAUAUUUUUGCUUGAAUAUUUUAAGCCAUUUUUAACCAUUAUGCGAGAAAGUUUUUCAAAUUAAAAAAAAAGUUCUUGUUUUUAUCUUUUGGAACUCUUAUAUUAAAUUAAUUAAAAGCUAUGUCCUGCUGGAUAUAAUCAAAACAAAGGUUGAAUUCUUUUGCGAAUGUGAUUUUAUAAUAUUUAUUGAUAAUGAUGUUAACCAAGUUGCGUCACGAAUUUAAAUAAGUUUAUUCUAUUUUACUACCUAUUGAAGCACACAAGUGUAUUGGUAUUUAUAAUUAGAUUGCCAUAUAUCUCAGAUCUUAAAAUUAAAAGACUUUUGUUAUUUUAAUUGAAAAAAAAAUUAUCAUUCAGCAAGGAAAAAAAUUGC